AGAAGAAGAAUCAUCACAACAUGUCUGGACGAGGAAAGACCGGCGGCAAAGCCAGAGCGAAGGCCAAGACCCGCUCCUCCCGGGCCGGCCUGCAGUUCCCCGUGGGCCGCGUCCACAGGCUGCUGAGGAAAGGAAACUACGCCCAGCGAGUCGGGGCCGGAGCUCCGGUGUAUCUGGCCGCCGUGCUGGAGUAUCUGACCGCUGAGAUCCUGGAGCUGGCUGGAAACGCCGCCCGCGACAACAAGAAGACCCGCAUCAUCCCCCGACACCUGCAGCUGGCUGUCCGCAACGACGAGGAGCUGAACAAGCUGCUGGGAGGCGUCACCAUCGCCCAGGGAGGAGUGCUGCCCAACAUCCAGGCCGUGCUGCUGCCCAAGAAGACCGAGAAGGCCGCGAAAGCCAAGUAGAUCAGCUGUAUCCCGACGAAACCAAAGGCUCUUUUAAGAGCCGCCAACAUCCGAGUCAGAGCAGAGACGUCCGACAUCACUGCACUAGAAACACUAGAAAACACUAGAACUGCACUAGAAACACCAUCCAUCUCACUGUCCCGUCUUUUUUUUUUUUUUAAAACUUUAUUGAAAGGUCAGACGUUACAAUUUGUGAAAACGCAUCCAGGUUUUCCCAAGGCAGGUAGUAAUGUACAUGACCAAUUACAACAGUAAUAAUAAACAACAAUUAAACAAAUGUAGUGUAUAUAUAAUGGCAUGACGUUAUUAAUAGAAAAGACUACAACAGCUGAGUGAAUUGAGCAUGACGAAUAAUACAGCAUUAGAAAUCCAGAAAGAGUAACAAGGGAACAUAAAACUGACCCUAAUGUGACAUAUUUUAAAAUGCUUUAACAUAAAGUGCAACAGACUGAAUAAAAUAAAUAAUAAACAGGCAUAAUGAAAUAAAAGGAACUUAUAUAAAUAGGUAAUUAAAUUAGUAAAGUACAAAAACUAGUGAGGAUAAAAAAGCAGCUUUUAUAAGAGGGAAUUCAGACUGAUUUUAUUCAAUUCAGUAGGGAAAAUUCUUUAAGAGAUCAUAUAAAUUUCGUGCCUUAAUUGUUGUUAUACGUUUAAGAGAUUUCAAAUACAUAUUAAAUUCGUUCACAAAUACACAACAUUUGGGGGAUGAUUUUAGUAUCCUAUUCCGUACUGGGGUCUUUAUGUGCUGUUACUGGACUUGUGGGUGUAUAUUAUAGCGCUGGUAAAGCGUUUAAUACUUUAGUAGUAGUGUUUAUUUCGAAUAUGAAUCAUAUAAAAAAAAAGAAAAUAAGACAAUCGUCUUAACAUGAGACAUAACAAAGUACAUAUUCGAAAGGGAGUGAGAAGAAGUAAAACUUAUAAACUCUCACCCCCUCUCCUUAAAUAUGACUAGCUAACACAUGCGAACAUAACAUUAUGCAAAAAAAAAAUGCUGAAAUAAAGCACCAUUUGCAGGAAACCGGUAUCCCACAAUCCUUAGCGUCUCUAAGGUCCCACAGCCGCCAUUACAUGUGUGUAAGUGGAAAUGCCUGUAACUCCUAUGGACAAUAACUAUAUGUAUGCUUUAAUCAUGCAUUUAGAAAUAUCUGAGAAAUAACAUUUUACUAGGAUGGAUAUAAAUUCACACCAUAAAUUAUGUAUAGAUGAAUACUGGGACUCAGGGGAAAUAGUGUUUAUAUAGACGAAUCCGGCGACCGGUUUGUGUGCGCCGCCAUCUUGCGGCGGCGCCAUUGCUGCGGUGGCAGGUGUCAAUCUGCCACCGCAGCGCUGUCAUUGUAACCUGACGCUCUACAGCAUCAUUAUAGCUGGAUUGAUGAUGUUAGACAGUGGCCUUCCAUAAAUAAUGAAGGUAUCUUAAAUUAAUGCUGAUGUUAAUUUAUAAAUAAUGAUUUGUUUGAGCGAUAAGCAGGAAAGAAUAGAGGAAUAGGGAGAUAAGGGAGUGUAUGAUUAAACACUGUAAUAUAGCUCUCUCCACCUCCUCUCCUUACGAGGCAUGUCUGCACAAUUAAAUAUUACCUGUGUAUGUUUUGUUUAAUUUUAGGUAUCCAAGAAUAUUUUAUUGAUCGCCUGGCGUCCGAUGACGAAAAAAAACGCAAUUACAGGUCUCUAAUUGAAGGGCAGAACUAUCUCAGCUCCGGAUGAUACAGAAUACAUACAUACAUAACCCCAAUCUGCAGAUAAAACUAGUUUGUUGAGGAAAAAAUAUUAACUCUAUUUGUAGCUGCAGAAGAAAAAAAUAAUCUCACGAGGAAAACAAAAAUAUUGCUCAUGUCUCGGAGCCUCUUCAGCAUAAAAAAAAAGAAAAGAGAAGUAAGAGUAAUAAAAAAGAUGUACUGUAUGUUGUACUAUUAUACUAAUUUAUUGAAACACAUGGCGAGUCAAACAUCUACCAAAGCAGCUGUCAAACACUAAACAAGGUAGUAAGACGGUGGUUCUGCAGAACUGCGGCAGUAAAUCCUCAUCGGAGCUCCACUAGUGAUUUCAUAUGAACCCAAACCGUUAAUAAUCAUUAUUUUCUCCAUAUACCGCUCCCUGGCUUCCUUGUUUAAGGUAUCCAGGUAAAUUCCAGUUCCUUUCCAGCAGUUUAACAUCUUUUUUUUGCGUUCCGUCUGUUCACUUGGUGAAACAGAAAAGUGGUUUUGACAGUCCGUCCCGUCUUCAUUCACUAUCAAAACAAAUGCACGUGACGGGACAGGAGUUUUCCGAUGAUACAAAUACAUUAAGAGAGCCUGGCAGGGAGCGGAGUAAUAGAUCCAUACGUAUACGUAUGGAUCUAUUACUCCCAUAGACAUAUAUAUAUAUAUGUCUAUGGGCUGGAGCGGAGGAGCGGAGCCGCCACCGCAGUAAUGGCGGCCCGCUCGACUUCCGGGUUUCGCCGGAUUCGUCUAUA